AUGGCUAUAUCAAGUCUCUACUUCCUGUUGUUCAUCCCAGCCCUCAUCAUCAAUGGGUUAGCAGUCUUGGUCUGCAUGCAACUUCGCUCAACGUCCACCUUCAUGGUGUAUCUGAAGAACCUUGUGGUCACUGACCUUCUCAUGACCCUGACCAUCCCUCUCAAAGCAGCCACUAUCCUGCCCAGUGCUCCUCUGACUCUGAAGGCCUUUACCUGUCGCUACUCUGAUGUUAUUUUCUACCUCUGUAUGUACAUGAGCAUCAUUCUACUGGGCCUCAUCAGUCUGGACCGCUUCUUCAAGAUCGUCAGGCCCUGUGGCAGGUUGUUGGGUCAGAACCUGGUCUUCGGCAAAGUGCUGUCUGCUUCCAUCUGGGUGGUGCUGUUGGCCACUAAUGUCAUUCCAACCAUGAUCCUGACCAAUCAGGUUCCCACAAACAAGACUAAAGAAUACUGUAUGAAAAUGAAGAGCGAUGCAGGACAGGCUUUUCACAGAGGCGUGGUCAUUUUCAACAGCGCGAUCUUCUGGAUGGUGUUUGUUCUUAUUUGUUUCUGUUACAUAUGCAUAGCGAGAAAAGUUGUUCAAUCAUACAGGAAAUCAGGAAGCAGCAAUGACGAGGGGAGGCAUAAAACCAAAGUGAGGGUGUUUUUGGUUCUGGUGGUUUUCCUGGUGUGUUUCGGCCCAUACCACGCCGUACGUAUCCCUUACACCCAGCUUCAGGUUACCUCAACGACCAGCUGCACUAAGGCCACCUUACGGAUCUCUAAAAAGAUCACCUUGUGGAUGUCAGCCAUGAACGUCUGUCUGGACCCUCUCAUCUACUUCUUCCUCUGUAAAUCCUUCAGGACCAACCUGUUCAAGACGUUCCGUCUCCCACCUGGGACCUGUAGCUGGCUCACUGGGAAAGGGUCCGGCCCCAACACAACAGAGGAUCAGACCCCAACACAGGAGACUCCCCAGGGAGACUCCUGUGCCUGUAUAGAAAAUUAAAACUUUUCGGAAUGAUCUACUUUAUGCUGUGUGAAAUUCAGUUUCACAGAUUAUCAUACUGCCCCCUGGUGGAGGGUUAACUAUCCUACUAGUUAUA